CCACAGAGCGUUUGAAUCUGUUCUGUGACGAAAGGGAAGAGGGGACGUCACAGAAAGAAAGAACCAAUCAGAUAUUAGCUGUUUGGAUUUAUGCCAGGGUCUUUUGGCUGGUAAGACUUUCCUACAGGUGGUCAAGGUCAGUUUCCGCCCCCCCACAAAAAAUAAAGGUCUGCUGAGUGGAGAUGCCAUACACGCCAUCUGGCUUUUUCUGUGACCGGUUGAUCCGGGAACGAGAAAGGAGGGACGGGGAAGGGUCCUUGAACAAGCCCAUCCGCUUUAACGGCCAGGACUACAACACGCUGAGGCAGGAGUACCUUCAGAGGAAAUCUCUGUUUGAGGAUGAUGCUUUCCCCGCCACAGUGGAGUCUCUGGGCUUCAAAGAGCUUGGGCACAAGUCUAACAAAGUCAAGAACAUCGUCUGGAAAAGGCCCAAGGAAAUAUGUGAAAACCCUCAGUUCAUUGUCGGAGGAGCGAGUAGGACAGACAUCUGUCAGGGAGAGCUAGGUGAUUGCUGGUUGUUAGCUGCUAUUGCUUGUCUCACCUUGAAUGAGAAACUCCUCUACAGAGUAAUUCCUCGGGAGCAAAGCUUCUCUGAGAACUAUGCUGGCAUCUUCCAUUUCCAGUUCUGGCGUUAUGGUGACUGGGUCGACGUCGUCAUUGACGACCGUGUCCCAACAUUCAAUAACCAGCUGGUCUUCACUAAGUCUGCUGAGAGAAAUGAGUUUUGGAGUGCCCUGCUGGAGAAAGCCUACGCCAAGCUUCAUGGCUCUUACGAGGCUCUGAAAGGUGGGAACACCACAGAAGCUAUGGAGGAUUUCACUGGUGGCGUCACUGAGUUUUACGAGAUGAAGGAAGCUCCCAAAGAACUCUAUAAGAUCAUGAAAAAAGCCUUGGAGAGAGGUUCGCUCAUGGGCUGCUCUAUUGAUUCCCUGGUUCCUGCUCGCUUUGAAACUCGCACCGUGACUGGACUUGUGAAGGGCCACGCCUACUCGGUGACAGCUGUGGAGGAGUGUAGACCCUCUCAGCAUAAGGACCAUAAAGUUCGCCUUGUGCGCCUCAGGAACCCAUGGGGUCAGGUGGAGUGGAACGGACCCUGGAGUGACAACUCCAAAGAAUGGGCCACACUCUCUAAGGAUGAAAAAGAGAAACUGCAGCACCAAAGCGCAGAGGAUGGAGAGUUCUGGAUGUCAUUUGAAGAUUUCAAGAAGAACUACACUAAAAUUGAGAUCUGUAACCUAACACCUGAUGCCCUUGAGGACGAUAAAAUCCACAAGUGGACAGUUUCUGUGAACGAGGGCCGCUGGGUGAGAGGCUGCUCUGCUGGAGGCUGCAGGAACUAUCCAGACACUUUCUGGACCAACCCUCAGUACCGAGUUCGCCUGCUGGAGGAGGACGACGAUCCCGAUGACAAUGAGGACGUCUGUACCUUUGUGGUGGCCCUGAUGCAGAAGAACAAACGAAGAGAGCGGAAAAUGGGGGCCAACUUGUUUACCAUUGGAUUUGCCAUUUAUGAGGUGCCGAAGGAGAUGCAUGGAAACAAGCAGCACAUGCAGAAGGAUUUCUUCUUGUUUAACUCCUCCAAGGCCCGCUCCAAGUCCUACAUCAACCUCCGGGAGGUGACACAGCGCUUUCGCCUGAGCCCUGGCGAGUACGUCAUCGUUCCUUCCACGUACGAGCCACAUCAGGAGGGAGAGUUCAUUCUGCGAGUCUUCUCUGAAAAGAAGAACACCUCAGAGGAGAUAGAGAAUAGGAUCGAGGCCGACCAUCCUGUGCCGGCUCCAGCCUCAGCGGGGGAAGAGAGCGAGGAGGACCACCAGUUUCGAACUAUUUUUCAGGAGAUAGCCGGUGAUGAAAUGGAAAUCACAGCCAAUGAACUGAGGAAUGUUCUCAAUAGGGUGAUCACCAAGCAUAAAGACCUGAACACUGAGGGCUUUAGCCUGGAGAGCUGCAGGAGCAUGAUCGCUCUGAUGGACGUAUCCUUUAUGGAUGGGACGGGCAGACUCAAUCUGCAGGAGUUCAGACAUCUGUGGAAUAAGAUCAAGCAGUGGCAGGGAAUCUUUAAACAUUAUAAUGCAGAUCAGUCCGGCAGCAUCAAUAGUUACGAGAUGAGGAACGCCGUCAAUGAUGCAGUCAUGUGUCUUAUGUCCUGUCCAGGCUUCCGUCUCAACAAUCAGCUGUAUGACAUCAUCACGAUGCGCUACGCAAACGAGAACAUGAACAUCGACUUUGACAGCUUCAUCAGCUGUCUGGUCCGGCUUGAAGCCAUGUUCAGGGCCUUCCAAGCAUUUGACCAGGAUGGCGAUGGAACCAUUAGACUCAGCGUCCUGGAGUGGCUCCAGUUGACCAUGUACGCCUAGAGAGGUCCAUCUUCUCCCAGGUGAACGCCGCUCCACACAAGGACCAGACCCGCCAGCCUUUACCUCAGUGCUCAGUGUUCCAGAACCACGUCUCCCCACUGCCUUUCUGUUCUACCAUGAUCACCACAUCAGUCUCUUUUUUCACUUAUUGGCUUUGUUUAUUUAUUUUUUAUUUUAUGACAUCAUCACCGUUGUACUGUUUCUUCUCUCAGGCAGCAAACACAACCAACCUCUUUACCAUCACGAUACCUCACAGAGCCCCUCUCAUACAUCAUACUGUUUUUUUUUCUUAUACUUUGCAGGAUGGAUCCUCUUUCACAGACCUGGGAAUAAAAUCUCUAAUAUUACAAAGUUUUGUUGGUAAAAACAUUCCCUCCACCAGUGACUGAGCCAUGUUUCGUCCCUGCUGGGUGAAACUCAGGCUUCCUCUGUUCCUUUUAAACUCUGCUCAUGGUUGGAAUCGGUUUGAAGUUAAAACACCAAAGUUCAAAUAUGGAUUUAAAGUAUCUGGUUAAAGGGUUUUAACUGCAGCUUUUUCCUCUACAUGAAGGCUUUGGUCAAAUGAGUGUGUACCACAUUUUUAAUCAUUUUAACCCAAUAAAUAAAUACGUAGCUGUUGGUUUGACUGCGUUGGCCACCAGUUCUGAUGUGAAA